AUGGAUAAUGCGACAAUUCACGAUGUCCCUGUCAUUGAGGGCAUGAAGCCAGGUAGUCGAGCUGGCCUUGUUGCUUCUGGCCAAUUCGGGAACAUCUGGAAAGCAUUCGCCAAGAAGUGUCACUGCCCUCCAAUUUCCAUUGUCGCCGUCCCUCAAGCGUCGUCAGACACUUCCAAGCUUCAUUUGAAAGCCUUUGACCUUCGAGUCAACCGCGUCAAGGACAGCAACGGUGAUGCGGUCGAGAAUCCUACCAAGGAGCAGCUUGAUGCAUCCACUCUCGAUUACCGCUGCACCACUCAUGGUAUAGACCUACCGCCUGCCAAGCAAUUCUCGUGGACCUGGGUCGAACCAACCAGCAUCAAUUUCGAAAGCGGCGUUGUCGCCAUCAAGAGAGAAGUUUUUGGUCAGUAUUUACUUGAUGCAAUCCUUCCUCAGAUCAAGAAAUACUUUAUCACCACAGACACCGUCGUGGGACAUCGAAAGGAGUGGGGAAGCGGCAAACUAUGGGCAGACUGGUCUCUAUCCACGAUCAACAACCAGACCCCCAACUCUCUGAUCCGCCGCGGGAGUAACAAUGUAUGCGUUAUCAAAUAUUCUGCCAGCGACGAUCCAGACACAAGCUCAACACGAGGCUCGAUAUACGACUCAGACUAUUGCCGCUUGGACGUCGUGCCUGGCUAUGAAUGCGAGGUGUUGCUUACCGGCAACACUUUGAAUAUUUUCCAACGAGUUGCUGUCGGUGUCAAGCUUAAAUGCGACGUUGCUGCCAUUCUCUCGGACCGAUUCUCCAAUUUUGAUGAACAGUGUAUGGCAUAUACCGCGGUCGCUAUAGAUGACUAUGAGUUAUCAGUUGGACAGACAGGCUGUCUUCAAAUCACUCACACCAGAAGCUCCCCGGAUACCUUUCCUGAUAAAUUCAGGAAGACAAGCGAUUUAUUGCAGACUGACGAUUUGUUGGACAAGAUCAGAAGCGCUUUUACAGCCCCAAAACCCAUCGACUUUACUUCCAUCAAUGCUGCAGCAUUGCAAAACUUUGUCCUUCCAGGAGGAAAGGUCUUUACUUAUAAGAAUGUCAAAGCAGCACCAAGUGGCGACCUCCUCUGCAGCCUGACUUAUGUGGACCCCGACGAAGCCAUCACUUCUCCAGCAAUGCUCAAGAUCCCGGCGGCGAAAGCAGAGGAUGAUGCCAAAUCUACUCCAGCCGCUGUACUCGCCCCAGCUGCGACUACGCCACCAACUUCCCUGACAUUUACAACGGAGAUGAUGCAGAGCUACGUCCCUGGCGAGAUUGUCAAUCCUUGUGGCAAGUUCGAGGCCUUGCAGACACAAGAUGGCCACUCGAUUCUGUUCAGUCUAAGCUCUGCAAAUGUGUUCCAGGCUAUUGUCGAGCACAGCGGAGCCAGCUCAACGGGGUGGCGAAUAGUUGAUCUCUCAUCUAACGCCCUCAGUUCCGUCUUUGCCAGCGACAAGAGUGCAGUUGUCAAAACAUUCGACGUCAAUCAAAGUGCUGUAGAUGGUACUAUUGGCCUGGCUAUGGUUGUUACUUCUGGAGGUACAGACCAUCUGCUAUUAUCUCUGUACAAUCACAACUCGACGCCUGCGUGGACUCCGGCGCCAAAUCUGUCCUGGAAAUCAAUUCCGUUCGACGCUGAAUCAGCUUCUGGCGCUGCGAUAGCCAUAACAGGCGUCAUGUUUGCCGAGUCAGAUGCCACUCACAAGCAGCACAUUAUUGUUGACAUCGACCGCUCAACAUCUGACGCAAUCAAGCAGAUCUCUCGAUUCUACGUCAACCCACUAGCAACAGACAAACACUGGACCCCGCACGAUGUUCCGGUAGAUAUCCAAGACGGCAACUAUCAAAGCUGCGUUGGCCGAUUCCAAAACGAACUCGUUGACGGAGUCUUUACCUGUGGUGUAUCUGGAACCUCAGGCCAACUUGUCUAUGUCCCAAUCAGCAAUGCCUUUGGUUCCGGGCCCCCUGCACCGCGCAUCCUCAGCCUCCCGGGCAAUGUCACAGCAUCGGCAAUAGCAACUGCAAGGGCAUACAAUAACUCGACAGACUUGUAUGCCAUUGGCGGUCAGACUCUGUUCUGGUUCCCUGCAAACAGCCAGGCAGGACAGUCAGUUGCUACAACAAUCUUGAGCAACAGCAUAUUCCAAGGAACGACUGAGCUAUUAGCUAUGACGCACGGCGGUGUAACAACUAUUUGGGGCAAGAAUGGUAGUGAUCAGAUUUACUACAGCUCUUGUUCCAAUACACAACUUGAUAUUGCGGCAUCGUGGAGCACACCUCUCCCGCUGAUGAACGGUAUAGAGAACAUGUCGGCCUUUGUCAAUCGUACCGGGUACAGCAACACCAUCUUUGCCUCUGGAGGAACCUCCCUUUGGCGACUAGUGCAGGCAACAGAGACAACUGCUAAGCUUUGGCGUCAGGAGUCUCUUGUUAUUGAGGCACCGCCACAAACCAAGGCAAUCGCCUUCAACUCAUACACUACCACCAUCCAAUUUGCAGACAAUAAGAAGAUGCCAGCUGGCGAUGUCUCUGUCUCUGUCACAGCACCUUGUCGGACCCCAGUUUACAUCAAUGGCUUGUACUACGUCCUGAGCUCAACUCCUAUCACUGUCUCCUCGGACAGGACAGGUACUUUGACAAUAGUUGAGAACACGCAUAACACCCUCAACGGGACGUCCAUCACUGUUACCUGUGGCGGCCAUCCAACAGUCAUAGAUCCAUCACAUAAGCAUUUUCAAAAGAUUACUUCACUCAACACACCCACAGCCUUGAGCGCAGCCAAGAUCCCCAAAAAUGUCGUCGCAGGAGGUACAACUGGCCCCUCAGUCACAGCCCCUCUUGUCGAUCCAUCUACUUCAUCAAAUGACACGCAAAGUGCUGCAACUACCUUGGGCAACCUCAACACCGUCUAUGGAGCCAUCAAAAACCCAAAUGCACCUCUAAAGGUCGCUCCCAAGCCAGUCCCUCCCAAACCAAUCCCAGAGCAUCACACAAGUUCAGGUUUUUUUGGAUCUGUUUGCGACACCUUCGAAGAUGUUGGUCAUGCGAUCGAGGCUCUUCCUGGAGACAUUUUCCACGCCAUAAAAUCAGCAGGCGAGGCUAUCGUUCACGUUGUCAAAGAGGCAGCAAGCGAGUGUGGCAUUUCUACAGUUGAUGCAGUUGUCGGUGCUGUCGAGUGGGUUUUUAAUGCCAUCAAGACGGUGAUCCAGGAUGUGAUCCGUUUCUUGGAGCUUCUCUUGGAUUGGGACGAUAUCACCCGCACCAAGAACGUCAUCGCCAAUAUCGCAAAGCAGUUUAUGCAGGGCCAGAUUGAUAAGAUUGCAUACGUAAAGCCAUUCUUUGACCGGGAGAUGAAUGGUCUUGUGUCCAUGAUCAACAAAUGGGCCGGUGAUACAAGCUGGGCGGACACGAUUGGCCAGGCUACGACCCAGCCCUUUGUCAGCAAACUGUCACAACCCAUCAGCAGCGGGGUAGAAGAGCUUGUCGACAAUCUUUUAACUGCUCUAGAGAAUGAAGGCAAGACGCUGUCAGCAGCAUACAACAACUUGAAGACGCUUGCUCACAACGUCUCGUCUCAACCUCUGCAAGACUCCCUCAAACAGCUUCUCGCAAUCAUUGCCGAUGUCUUUAUCUCUACUGUUGGCAACGUUGGGGAUGCUAUUCUAGAUCUUCUGGCAAGUGUCGCCAGUUCCGCCAUGCAUCUUCUCGACGCAAAGUUCCACAUCCCAAUCAUUUCAGAUAUCCUCAGUGAUCUCGGUAUAAGCGAGCCUUCCCUGUUGGAUCUCUUCUGCUGGAUAGCCGCUGUUGCAUAUACAGUCGUGUAUAAGAUCGCCCACGACAGCGCCCCGUUCCCCGACAACGACGACGUGAAUGCACUCAUCAAUGCCGAUAGCUGGAAUACACUCCAAACCAUUCUGGGUCAACCGCCUCCCCAAGAAGAGAUUUCCUACAUGUCGCGCGCCGCUUCAUACAUCUGGUCAGCGCCGAAAGAAAUCAGUGCUUCCACCAAGAAGGAUAUUUACAUCUGCAUGCAUAGCGUCGGAGGUAUCGUUGAUGUCCUGAAUAUAUUUGUCAUUCCGAUUGAGGCCGAUGGUUCUUCAGACAGCAAGCGAAACCAAUUCAGUAAGCCUAUGUCGAUUCUGGGCUAUUUGCAUAUCGCUUGCUCAUUUGUUGCUGGAGUCGCUGUUCCGCAAGAUCCCAUAUUGAACGAUGUUCUUAAGGCUAUGUAUUUUAGAAACAUUGCUGUCAAGGUUGUGGCCAGCUGUGUUCUCAAGAAGUUUAUGAAAGAGCCUGAUGGCGGCGACACAGGCUUUCCUGCUCUUGAUAGACGCGGUAUGGGAGCUUUGGUCGACGUUGUUAUUGGGUACUGGGGGCUGUUCGUCAGUGCGGGUCAUCUUUAUGAGCUGAGUCAUGAAUCUGUUAGUUCCAAUCGGACCGCAGCUAUUCUGUCCGAGGUUGGCACGAUACUAGGAGAGGCAAGUAAGGUUGCAUAUUGCGAAGCUGUCAAUGAUCCGGAUGAAACUACCAGAGAGGUCCCUAUUUUAGUUCUAGUUGCAGUGGGGUUGAUUGAGACUGGGCUGGAGUUUUCAUUGAUAGCAACUGUUGAUUAG